UACCGAUGUUUGUCCCUCCAGCUUUAUCGUUUGUGCAUCCUCCAUCUUCUUUUUCUAUAGAAUGGUGAUGUUCGAUUUCUUAUCUGUACCGAUGUGGCUGCUCGUGGGAUCGAUAUUGCCGGUCUACCUUACGGCCGAGAGGCUGAAGAAAUGGAAUGUGCGGAUUGUGCUAGAAAUAUCCGCAGUUUGUUCCACUUGAUUCGUUCUGCUGGUCCCCGGAAGCUUCUUUUCAGCGAAUUUAUCAGAGAGCAGAAUGGCUAUCUGAUAUCCAGCAAACAGGAACUCUUGGACCGUUGGGUGCAACGCCACGAAGAACAAUUCCGCUGGCCACCUGCUAUCCCAAAUCCGGACUUGAUCAAUGUCACCUUGCCGGAUGAAAAAGAAAAUUAUGUCCAUCGAAUUGGUCGCGUUGGCCGUGCCGAACGAAUGGGUCUAGCCAUUAGUUUGGUAUCAACAGUGAAAGAAAAGGUUUGGUACCAUUCCAAUUGCCCAACUCGUGGUCGGGGGUGUUACAACACGCGGUUGGUAGAACACGGUGGCUGUUGCAUAUGGUAUAACGAGCCAAAUUUGCUGGGUGAUAUUGAAGAGCAUCUUGGAAUCACCAUCGAUGCAGUGGAUUCGAAUCUGUUAGUUCAGGCAGACGCGUUUGACGGCAAGGUUGUGUACGGUCAAAAGUUGAAACAAUUGGCACCCAAAUAUAAAACCCACGUGGAUGUCCUGGCCUCGGCUGUCAAGGAACUCAAUCAGUUAGAAAAGAAGACACAGCAGAGCUAUUUACGCUUGAAAUACGCCGGAGAGAUCACGGCCUGAAAACUGAUGCCUCCCCUUCAUUGACCAAAUCUUUCAUUAUCCCUCCAGCUGACUCAUACGCCUUUGCCCUCUGUUCCUGUUAUCCCAGUGAUCUAAUUUCCAUAUAAAUGAAGACGACUUUACCGAUGUUUGCCUACCACAUCCAUUCUUAGCGUGUGGCGCAA